UCCACUCUUUCCUCCUCCUCCUCCUCCCAGAUUCCACCACCGUCCACUUAUGUGAAUUCCCACUCCAUUCACAUGGUCGAAUUCACUUUUAGAUGCACCUAAUAAUCUCUCCAUCCAUCCAUCCAUCCAUAUAAUAACACUCAGCUUUCCCUUCCAUCCUCUACUGCUUGUCUGACCCCAGAACCAAAAACCCACCAAUCUUGCUAGUUUCUCUGUCAAAACGACGAUGGCUUGUUCCAGCUCUGCUCUCAGAACCAUCUCUUCCUCCUCCGCGAAGCUUGCCAGGAGCUCCGGAUCUGCAAGCGGUUCGCCUCCCAAGACGCUCGUGCCCUUCAGCCUCUCGGCCCCGUUUCUGCCUAAGCUCGCCGCGACGUCUCCCUCGAGCUUGAGCCAGAGCUUCUCUGCCUUGCCCAGAAGAUCCUUCUCUUGCAAGAGCCAGGCCUAUCCUGCUGGUGACUCGACCCCUGGGAAAGUGCAAGAACUGAACGUGUACGAGAUCAACGAGAGAGAUCGAGGAAGCCCGGCUAUCCUCAAAUUGAGCCAGAAGCCCGUCAAUUCGCUCGGCGAUCUCAUCCCUUUCAGCAACAAAUUGUACAGUGGGGACCUGCAAAAGAGAGUGGGCAUAACCGCGGGCAUAUGCAUCCUAAUCCAGAACAAGCCGGAGAAGAAAGGCGACCGCUACGAGGCCAUCUUCAGCUUCUACUUCGGGGACUAUGGCCACAUCGCGGUCCAGGGCCCUUACCUGACCUACGAGGACACGUUCCUGGCCGUGACCGGCGGGUCCGGCAUCUUCGAGGGGGCGACCGGGCAGGUCAAGCUCCAGCAGCUCAUCUUCCCUUACAAGCUCUUCUACACCUUCUACCUCAAGGGCAUCAAGGACUUGCCUGCAGAGCUCCUGGGGAAGCCGGUCGAGCCCAGCCCCAGCGUCGAGCCCAGCCCCACCGCCAAGGCCUGCGAGCCGCACGCCACGAUUGCUAAUUUCACUGAUUGAUUGCGGGGUACGAUCGUGAAAUCGAAAUUUAGAGCUCUUAGUUUAGUAAUAACGGGUUGCCUUGUUAUGCCCCAUGGGUGUGGUGCUCCUCCUUUUGUUAGUGUUGACGACUUGCGGUGUUGCUUUUAUGUGGGGGCUCUCUUUGCUGAUGAGGCCAGAGUGGAGCAUAAAGUUUCUGUGCUGCUAAAAUGGAAUAUCCUUUAAUUUGUGCGAUU